AAAAGCUUGUCCUCGAGGGCAGCGUGAGGCAAGACACACGGCUUCAAGGCUCGAGCAGGAAGACCAACACCUGCCGCACGGGAGCGGAGCCAGACGGCGUGGGAGCUGUUCCCGCGCGGCGCGCGUCAUGGCGCCGGAAGCGGAGCCGCAGCGGGCGCCAGCGAGCGAGUUGGCGUCUCUUCGCCUCCUUCGCCUCGCCCUCGACGCUUGUGCAUCCUCGCAUCCACCUUAGCUUCUAUCGUCUCGCCCAUCUGCCUGCUCCGACAUGUCACGACGACCCGGCGCCGACCGGCACGCGCUGCUCGGCGCGUCCGCCUAUCCGCGUUCUCACGCGUCUGCACCACGCGGGCCAUCGCCGUACGAGCAGCCGUAUGCCUCCUCCUCCUCCUCGUCGCAUCCCUACUCCUCUGGAAUCGGUGGCGGGCCAGGCGGCGCAGAAGAGGACAUGUAUGCCGAGUACGGCGCGCCGAAGAAAGAGUAUGCGCCGCCGCUGGGCCGCUGGACCGCAGCUGAGCGCACGGCGCUCGAUCUGGAGGAGCAGAACGAGGCGCACAUUGAGGGCCUGGCGGGCAAGGUGCGGCUGCUCAAGGAGAUCACGCUGGGCAUCGGGCAAGAAGUGCGAGACGGCACGGCGGAAAUGUCGACCCUGUCCGAGGCGUUCAGCACCACCUCGGCCUAUCUAGGCGGCACCUUUCGGCGCAUGAACACCAUGGCCAAGCGCCAGCGAGGGUGGGGCUGCAACAUGCUGCUCUUCGUGCUCUUCGUGGGCUGGAUCUUUGUCUUUCUGUGGUGGUGGCGACGCUAAUACCCAUGCUGCAUGCUUCGAUGCUGGU